AUGGAAGCAUUAGCUGGUGCUGGUUUAGUCCCAUUACCAAAAAACCAUAUGAUGAAGAGUAAAUUUUAUAUUGAACCAAUUUUCAAGCCAGAUGGUUUAUAUCCAGUAUUGGAUACGGUUGCAACAGAAGUUAAAGAUCAAGAAGAUCAAGUCGAUGAAUCACCUGUUAAACUUACACCAUAUCCAACACUUGUUGAAUUACAAUCAAUAGCUGAAGAACAAAAACCUGGCGCACCUGCAGUUAUUGAACCUCCAUCAAUUGAACCAUUAAAAGAUUUUCUUGAAAAACGUCAAGCAACAAUUGUAGGUUUAAAAGAACUUCGUACACGUAUGGCUAAACAUAUUUUAAAUGGAAAAAUUGCUAAUACAGUUGGUAAUUCAGCAUCUAUUAUUGGUGGAAUUUUAUGUUUUGUUUUUCCACCUGUUGGUGUUCCAGUAUUACUUGCUGGUACUGCCACUAGUCUUGGCACUUCAAUUACAGAAAGUGUUAUUGAAAAACGUCUACGAACUAAAUAUACAAAUAUGUUAAGAGAAGAUUCAAUGGCAAUGCAAAUUUGUGAAUCAAAUUUAAAAGAUAUAACAGCAUGGCUUGUUACUGUUUAUUCACUUGGUUAUUCCGUAUCAAAAGCAGGAGUGAAUUUUUUACAACUUUCUCAAGCUAUUCAAGCAGCUUCAACAUUAGGGUCGUGGGCUGAACUUGUAGGACAAUUGCCAUCAUUAGCUGGUGCUCUUGCAACUGGUGCUAAAACAGCUGGAACAAUUAGCGGAAAAAUUCUUGGUGUAUCCGUUAUUAUUUCUGUUGCCGAUCUUAUACAUACAUGGGUAUCAAAAAGUGCAACAUUAAAAUCAAUAGAUAAAGAUAUUGCAUUACUUGAACAACAAUUAGUUGAAUUACAAAGAAUUGCUGAUGCUUAUCAUCCUUAG